GCACUCGUACAUUACGACGAUACGGUACCGUACCGUAUUCACACUAGCUUUGCUCACCUUACCGACUGAGCAUCGCUGCAUGCUCUGUGCUCUGUGCUCUGUACGAGUAGGGAUUGAAUCCCGUUCUUCCCUCCCACCUUCAUCCUCCACACACCCCCCUUCAUAUCAAUAUCCCCCUACGGUACCUAUUCCUCCCCCCCGUACCUUCACUUGCCAUCCUGAGCUCCUCACUCAGUCUCUCCUUCUGCAUCCAAGUGUGUGCUCCCUCCGAGCUCUUGAAUUCUUUUUUUGAAACGCUCCUUCGCUUCCGAACCAACUCUCCCUGUCCCGUUGAUCCACGCUAACCCGGGGGUCACUCUGCUGCAGGAUUCUACGCUGCAGACCUGUCCCAUCUGACGUUCAUCCAACCAUCAUCCCUCCAACAAGCGCGCCUGUGUUCCGAAACCCCCAGCUGUUCUCGACGAUUUGAAGAGCUACCCACAAGCUUCCCCUCAAACCAGCUCCCACAGGAUACGAUAAAUUUAAUGCUUUAGACGCCCCAUCUCGAUUAACCUGUUCGCCCGGUUCGGAAAAAAAGGAGAGAAAAAAAAAAGAAGUCCCAUCGGACCAAUUGAACGCGGAAUUACAAUUGUGAAGGGAGCAGAAUUGGAUUGGAAUUGCACGACCGCAGGAGGGCAAAAAAGGGGAGGAAAGGGAAGGAGGUCGUCGAUGCAGUGUCUAAUUUUGUCGUUGCUGUCAACGACUAUUUAGACACCUUUCCCAUCGGAAGGGAGUGAGGGGAACUUUUUAACGGUACCGAAAGUGAUAAAAAAGGAAAAAGAAAAGAACCCGACGGGUAGCUGCUGCCUUGUCUGUGCUUUUGCAGCUCUCUUCGACAGAUUGGCUUCACCACUUGUUUCGUUUUCCGUUUCGUUUCUCUUCUGCAGCGUUCCGGUUUAUUUCUCGUUGCGUGUUGUAUAUUUAGGAGAUUUUGUGUUUGACGGUAUAGUGCUUUUGUACUAAAGAGAGGUGUUCAUCCGGAACUGGUUCUGUCCGGCUCUAUUCAAUUAGUCGGCUAGCCGUCAAGUUUUUCUGGUCUGUUUGGUUCAAUUGACUUGGAUGUGUAAGUUUCUCUUGUGCCCUUGAGCUGUAAGUCUUAGUUGCCCCUGCUGACCUGACCCAUCCUGAGAUAGCUUGUCUAGCAUUUGUACUGCCUCGAUAACCACUACAUGAGA